AUGCCUUCUAUUAGACAUCAAAAGUUUAGUACUCAAAUUAUUUCAAAUGGCGAACCCCAAAAUCAUAUACUUGAUCAUAUAUCCGUAAAAUCCCGAUUUGCAAAAGAUUUCGGUGGGGAAACUUUACAUGCUGUAUGGACCGAUUAUGAAAAAGAAUGCAAAUCAGACGUCCUAGGAAAUCCAAGAUGUACACAUGGUUUGGUUGCUGCAAUCCUUCAAGCUUAUUCUUCUAAUCAACAUUUACGAAUUUCUCCUGACGAUAUUUGGUUAACUAUUGUCCAAGGUGUCAGUAAACACAUCAAUCUUCAUUCUGAGAAAUACCGUUAUCGUUUAGUAAAACACGAAGGACAAAAGGAAGUUCGAAUAUCUGCUGAUGAUAUUAUUGAUUCAAAUGAUUCUUCAAUCACUGGUGAUUGGCCAGAACUAUUCAGACGUAUCAUAGCUGCAACAGAUGAGCAAGUUGGAAAAUUCGAUAUGAAAGCUUUAUUAAAAUGUGAUUUCUCUACUAGUACAACUACUUCAGAGAUAGCGAGUGGUGUUGUUCUAUUAGAUGUAGUUAAACCUUUCUCAAAUUAUACAAAUUCUACGAAAUAUGGAAUUUCAAAAAUUACUUUGGAUGGUUCUUUAGAAGACUGGAAUAAACUUCAAGAAAAAGUUAUCCAAUUAAGAAAAAUUAAUUUCGACUUAGACUUUUGGCUUGACCGUCUUGAUCCUGUUAUUUGGCAAUUUGUUGCUACUUAUCGUGGUGAAAUCGAUAAAACCUUUUGGAAUUCUAUUGCAACUGAAUUAAAUUUUAAUUCAGAUGAUCCUAAACUGAUGGGUUGGAUUUCUUCAUUUUUCCCAUAUGGACGUGAUGGUAAACCUUUAGAAGGAAAUUAUAUUCGAACUUCUGAUUUACCUGAUGGAAGAAUUGCUUUGCCUUUUGUUACAACUUCUGGUUUUUGUUUAAAACUUGUUUCCGGUUUUGUUGGUGCUCGACAAGAAUAUGAUUCUGACGAUGAUGUAGUUGUAUCUCCGGUUAUUGGCUGGGCCGUUUGCGGAUUUAACCCUUCCGGGUAG